AAAAAAAACUCCGCAACGGAUCGAGUGAAUAAAACAAUAAUAAAUAUAACCCUUAAUGUUGUUGUGCAGUGAGUUAAUUAAUUAAAUACAAUAAAAAGUGCAUAUUUUAAGGAGCUGCAACGUAUUCUACAGUAAUUAAUAUAAAAAUGCUAUGUUUUGAAAAUUUCGUGAAUUAUGCUUGAUUUUAUGCUGAGCAAAUUUAAAAAUAGUUGAUCUGUAUGAUCCCAAAACGGUUCGGUUAUGGAGCUCUAAAAAAAUUAAACAACUUACAAAUCCCAAUUAAAUUCCAAUAAUUAAGUGAAAAACAAAAUGUGGAUUAAAUCAUACUACCUAUACUACUAUGCCAUAAUUGGAAUAUCUUGGAUUACGAGUGCCGCAAAUGGAGCGAUACUAGACUCCAGAUGUUAUCUAGAAGGCGGCGGAUCAGCGGAAAGUUUUUUGGCCACUGAGGAUCUAACUGUGGGCUCCAUAAUUGGCAAACUUCGUAUUAAUGGCGAUCCCAAUGCGGAGACUGGGGACAUCAACUUAUCGUUGAGAGAGAAGAAUGCACCUGUUGAGAUUGUGGCGGGCACCAAGGAUUUGGCUCUCUCUGUUGAGCUGGACAAGGAGGGUCUGCGAGGUCCCUCAUCCAUCUAUGUGAAUGUCAUAUGCGUGCGAAGACGUUCGACAGAUCCGAGCUUCGUCAUCCCCGUCAAUGUGCGCGUCACGGAUGUCAAUGAUAAUGCACCGCAAUGGAUUGGCACACCCUACACUUUGACGCUGUCUGAGGUAACGGUGCCCGGUACACGCAUACUGCAAGGCGCUCGCGCUGAAGAUGCCGAUCAGCCCGGACCAUUUUCCACAGUGGAGUACCAAGUGCUGCCCGGUCCCUAUGCGCAGCUGGUGCAGUUCCUCAAUCCCUUAGAGGGCACACUGGUGCUGAAAAAAGCGCUCGACUACGAGCAGCUGCAGAACUUUACGGUGAAGCUGCGUGCCCAGGAUCAGGGCACACCGCCACGACAUUCGGACACGCUGCUGCGUGUGGUCAUCACAGAUGCCGACGACCAGAAUCCCAAGUUCCUGCGUGAAUCCUAUAGCGCCGAGCUGCCAGCCGAUGGUCGCGCCGGCGAGCUGCGUAUGCGUCCCGAGCCGCUCAAGGCCGUCGACCAGGACGAAGGCAUUUGUGCGCCCAUUCAGUACACUAUAGUGCAAUCCCAGGACGCCAAAUACUUUCGAGUGCAUCCUCACAACGGCGUCAUAACUCUGCUGACGCCCAUUGGCUAUGCGGACUUGACACACGGCGCCACUUUGGUUGUGAAGGCCACACAAAUCGAUAAUCCCGAUCGUUAUGCGUUGACCACUGUGCAGUUAACACGCCCUGGCACCCACAGUGAUCUCAGCAGUCUCACCUUUGUUCAGAAGCGUUUUGUGAUGCGUAUACGCGAGGAUACAGCAGUGGGCAAUAGGAUUCUGGCGCUGCCCACCAAUAAACCCGGCAAGCAUCUCAAGUACACCAUUGCGGAUCCCAUAAAUUCACAGUUCUUUAGCGUGGGCUCGCUGGGCGAACUGGUGCUGGCGAAGCCUCUGGACUACGAGAAGAUGACGAAGCACGAGUUCCAGGUGAUUGCUAGUGAUGGACUGACGAACAGCACCUCGGCUGAGGUCACGCUAGAGGUGAUCGAUGUGAACGACUGGGAGCCGCGUUUCCGAGAGACUCACUACGAGUUCAUGGUGCCCAAGAGCCAGUCGCUCCAAUCCCGUGCCGACUCCUUUGAGGGCGUGCUGAUUGGCAAAGUGGAGGCCGCUGAUGGCGAUCGCAAUGACAAGUUGGAGCUGUCGCUGCGUGGCCAGCAUGCGGGUCUCUUUGAGAUCGAUGCCACAGGCAACAUAUAUAUGCGACCCGAGCAGCUGCAAAGCCUCAACGAGUCCACUGUCCAUCUGAUUGCCAUUGCCACGGACUCCGGAGUGCCGCCGCGUAGCACGUCGGUGCCCGUGAGCGUCACAAUGGAGGGUCUGACGCUGGCACAGUCCAGCUGGAACAACAGCAUGCUGGGCAUGUUUGGCAUGAUUGUGGGCCUGUUCCUGCUGAUAAUCAUGGCGCUAAGCUGCUACAUUGUGCGCUCCAAGAAGCAGCGCAAGGGCAGCUCUGGCGGUCUUAGCCUGGGACGCAAUCGUGUCCACAGUCAGGCACACAGCAGUGUCUCAUCGGCGAAUCUGGUGACUCACGAGAAGCUGGCCGGCAAUGCCAAUGGUGCUAGCGUAACCAGCGGCGGCGUUUCUGUGCUGCACAUGAAGCAUGCGGCUGGCAAUAACAUGACACUUACUAAUCCCAUCAAUAAUGGGUUGCAUCAUGUGGGCAGCGGAGCCAGUAGCAGCAUGGCGCUUGGCAAUGCCGUCAAUUUACUGGAGCGUGAGCGAGAACGGGAACGUGAACGACAGCGGGAAAGCUAUGCGGCAACGGUGCGCAUCUUUCUACCAGGCAUCGUUUCGCGCGCCUCGGCCAACGGUCAGCUCUACGAGGAGGAUGAAAUCGAGCACGAUUCUCUCUCACAGCACGAUCAACAGCAGACGACGCCGGAGAACAACAAUCGCAAAACGGUCACUGCUGGCGUCGGAGGCGUGACAACCAUCUCGACAACGUCCAAUGGCAAUGCAGUGGGGGCUGCAUCCAAUCUGCUCAGCGCUUCCGAUACGAUGGGCUCCUCCGAAAACAAUCUAACUGUCUACUUCUAGGACAGCCAAGGAAUGUUCGUCUUUAAUUUUUGUAAAUAUUGCUGGAUCGUCAGCUAAGGUGCCGUCGAAACUCGCUACAGCGAACUGCUAGCGUAGAAGCGUUCGUUGUGGAGAGGUUCGACUGUAAUAGGUCUAAGUCAUGAGUCGUGUUUAGGUUAUAGGCCCACUGUACAUGUAGUAGACCAAAUAUAGCAUUGUAAACAUCCAGCACCCGUAGAUAUAAGAAAGCGAAUUCCAUUGUACAAUUUUGCUUCCCACUUUUUACGAUACUUUAACGACAAGCUUAAGAAUAAACUCUAUUGAGCAAUA